AUGGUGGACACCCGUGAAGUGUUUGCAGGCCUGUACACCGGAGGAAGGCAGCCCCCGUGGAAGGCCCGUCUGGACGAGCUCCUGCCCGACCCUGCUCGGCGGUCGCGCGAUGCGGACAGCACUGAUGAUUCGGAUUACGCCAGCUGUGGCACCACUGCCGCACCAGCGCAUCACCCCGCCCAUGACGGCUCUUCUUCCUCUUCCACCUCCGUAAUGUUGUCCACGUCUGCGUCGCAAUCACCAUCGGCACCUUCAGCAGCAUCUGCCAACAAGCGAAAGCACGUUGCCAACAAGGCUGGAGGCUCCGACGGAGGAGAGGAGCAGGCCACGGGUCCGUUCUACGACGAGGGGGCCGACCUCAAGGAUGAGCUGUGGGUCACGGAGAAGUACCUGCGCCACCACCACCCGAAGACGACGAAAGGAGCAGAAGAGGAGGCCAGGGCGAAGAAGAAGCCGACAACUAGUACGACGGCACGGCCGGACGACUGGACGUCGGACCGCAACGACCCGCUCACGCGGCCGCGGCGCAGCGAUGCCGUGCUGAGCUGCCCGUGCUGCUUCACGCCCCUCUGCUACGACUGCCAGCGGCACGACGUCUACCUGAGCCAGUACCGCGCCAUGUUCGUCACGGACGAGUGCACGGCGCGGCUUACCGAGUCCCGUACGUACGAGGGCGACCAGUACCACCCGGUCUACUGCGCCGUCUGCGAGACCGAGGUGGGCGUGCUCGAGCCCGCCGACGAGCUCUACCACUUCUUCAACGUCAUCCCGGGCAACUAA